AAGGAAAAACAAACAACCGUCAUCAUCUCCAUUUACUCCCAUGCAAAAAUACACACAAGAAAAUAAAAACCCUAUUAACUCUCAUUAUCUCUAAUCUCUCUAACAAUUUCUCAGGCUCUCUCUCAAUGGCGGGCAACGAAUGGAUCAAACGGUAUAGAAGCAUAUUGGAUACGGUCGGCGCAAUCGCUGCCGCCGACGAGCAGAAACCCGUUAAUGCGAGGGGAGGGGUGCAUUUCAACCCGACCCGUUACUUCGUCGACGAAGUUGUUAGCGAAGUCGAUGAGACGGAUCUUCAUCGGACGUGGAUCAAGGCGUCGGCGACCCGGAACUCGCUGGAGAGGACAACUAGAAUGGAGAACAUGUGUUGGAGGAUUUGGCAUCUUGCCCGAAAGAAGAAACAGAUAGAAUAUGAUGAUUUUCAAAGAAUUACGAAGAGAAAAUGGGAGAGAGAGCAAGGAAGAAAGGAUGCUACUGAUGACAUGUCAGAAGACCUCUCAGAAGGCGAGAAGGAAAAAGGUGACGUAGUUGGAGAGAUGGCUCAGAGUGAGACACCUGCGAAGAAAUUUCAGAGAAAUAUUUCCAAUCUCCAAGUUUGGAGUGAUGAUAACAAAGAUAAAAAGCUCUAUAUUGUGCUUAUCAGUUUGCAUGGUCUAGUUCGUGGCGAUAACAUGGAGCUUGGUCGUGACUCUGAUACAGGUGGUCAGGUGAAAUAUGUUGUAGAACUCUCACGAGCACUUGCGAUGAUGCCAGGAGUGUACAGAGUAGACCUUUUCACCCGUCAGAUUUCUUGCCCUGAUGUUGACUGGAGCUAUGGAGAACCAACAGAGAUGUUAACUUCAGGGUCAGAGGAUGCACAUGGAAACAGUAGUGGAGAGAGCGCAGGUGCUUAUAUCAUACGAAUUCCCUGCGGUCCAAGAGACAAGUACCUAAACAAAGAGGCUCUCUGGCCUCAUAUUCAAGAAUUCGUCGACGGUGCACUAGCCCACAUCCUAAAUAUGUCUAGGGUAUUGGGAGAGCAAAUCAGUGGAGGGCAACCGGUUUGGCCUUAUGUGAUCCAUGGACACUAUGCUGAUGCUGGAGAUUGUGCUGCUCUACUCUCAGGAGCUCUAAAUGUUCCUAUGGUUCUCACAGGCCAUUCUCUCGGGAGGAACAAACUUGAACAACUCCUAAAACAAGGACGACAGUCUAAAGAGGAUAUUAAUAGUACCUACAAGAUAAUGAGGAGGAUAGAAGCUGAGGAGUUGUCUCUUGAUGCCGCUGAACUUGUUAUUACGAGCACGAUGCAGGAGAUUGAGGAACAAUGGGGUUUGUAUGAUGGGUUUGAUGUCAAGCUUGAGAAGGUGUUGAGAGCUCGCGCGAGGAGGAGAGUUAACUGCCAUGGCCGUUAUAUGCCAAGGAUGGUGGUAAUUCCUCCAGGCAUGGAUUUUAGCAGCGUUGAAGUUCAAGAAGAUGCAGAUGAUGAUGUGGCAUCAGGACUAGGUGAAGGUUCUCCUAAGGCAGUCCCUACCAUAUGUUCCGACGUUAUGCGAUUCCUUGCAAAUCCUCACAAGCCAAUGAUCCUCGCCUUAUCAAGACCCGAUCCUAAGAAGAAUAUCACCACUCUCUUGAAAGCCUUUGGAGAAAGCCGUCCAUUGAGAGAGCUUGCAAAUCUAACUCUAAUAAUGGGAAACCGAGACGAUAUUGAUGAGAUGUCUGGUGGUAAUGCGAGUGUACUUACUACAGUUCUGAAGAUGAUCGAUAAAUAUGAUCUUUAUGGACUUGUGGCCUACCCUAAGCAUCACAAGCAAUCAGAAGUUCCUGAUAUCUAUAGGCUCGCAGCAAAAACCAAGGGAGUCUUCAUAAAUCCAGCUCUGGUUGAACCUUUUGGACUCACUUUGAUUGAGGCUGCCGCGCAUGGGCUCCCAAUGGUAGCUACCAAAAAUGGAGGACCGGUGGACAUUCAUCGGGCUUUGAACAAUGGGCUUCUUGUGGACCCACAUGACCACAAAGCCAUAGCCGAUGCCCUCCUCGAACUACUCGCAGAUAAAAAUAUGUGGAGCGAAUGUAGAAAGAGUGGAUGGAGAAACAUACAUCUAUUCUCAUGGCCAGAGCAUUGUAGAACUUAUCUCACAAGAGUAGCUGCUUGUAGAAUAAGGCAUCCACAGUGGAAAGCCGACACUCCAACCGAUGACAUAACCUCUGAGUCAUCACUCGGAGACUCUCUCAAGGAUUUUCAAGAACUCUCUCUCCGGCUCUCUAUGGAUGGGCCUGCCCAGCUCGAGAAAUUCGCAGCCGAGAAAGGCGACCCUCAACUACAGGAUCAAGUGAAGAAGUUAGUCGACAAAGUCAAGAAGGCAGAUACUCAAAAGGCAGAUACUAAACAAGAAAAAGGCCAGCAACAAUCAGAUAAUACAUCAAAUGUGGUUACUAAAUACCCUCUUCUUAGGAGAAGAAGAAAGCUGUUUGUGAUUGCUGUAGACUCUUAUGAUAAAAAAGGUAAGCCGACAAAAACAAUGAUCCAAGUGAUACAGGAAACAUUCAAGGCUGUUAAGUCUGACUCACAAAUGGCAAGGACCUCGGGAUUUGCCCUCUCUACUGCGAUGCCGAUAUCGGAGACAUUGGAGUUGCUGAAGUCAGGGAACAUACAACCCAAAGAUUUCGAUGCACUUAUAUGUAGCAGUGGAGGUGAAGUGUACUAUCCAGGAACUUAUCAGGAUGAUGGAAAAUUAUCCCCAGACCCAGAUUAUUCUUCCCAUAUAGAUUAUCGGUGGGGGCAUGAUGGGGUGAAGAGGACCUUAGAGAAAUUGAUAAACAAUCAGGAAGACAAGAAGAAUCCUUCUCGUGUAGUAGAGGAGGACACAAAGUCAAGCAAUGCACACUGUGUAUCUUUCCUAAUUAAGGACUCAACUAAGGUAGCAACUGUGGAUGAUCUAAGGCAAAAGUUGAGAAUGAGAGGGCUCCGAUGCCAUGUAAUGUUUUGUAGGACCACCACGAGGUUGCAGGUUAUCCCUCUCCUAGCAUCCAGAUCUCAGGCCCUCAGGUACCUUUUUGUCCGAUGGGGCCUGAAUGUUGCCAACAUGUACGUAAUUAUGGGAGAAAAGGGAGACACGGAUCAUGAAGAAUUGAUUUCUGGCUUCCACAAGACAAUAAUCAUGAAAGGGAUCAUUGAGAAAGGCUCCGAGCAGUUUCUGAGAACAAGAGAGAGCUAUCAAAAACAAGAUGUUGUCCCUGCUGAGAGCCCCCUUAUUGUCUACACUAGCAACGGGAUGAAGUCGGACGAGAUCACGAGCGCGGUCAAAGCGGCAUCUAAGGCUGCCUCCGGUUACUGAAGCAUAUACUUUUCCUUUGUCCCUUCAUUUCUUUUACUUUUUUUUUUAAGGAAUAAGUAGGAAAGGGAUGCAACAUAUGAUU